GGAAGUGAGUUGGGGGGAAUCCUCUCAGUUCCUCUGGCUACUACUGUUUGCCGUCUGUAACAACAGCAGCAUCAGACAAGAGGAAACCUAAUGAUGGAAGAAUUUGAAGACAGUGAUGCUCCUCCUGCUGGGGAUCUGACUCAAUGCAACACCUGUAGCAGAUGGUUCUUCCCUAAAGUCCUGGUGAAGCAUGCUAAAAUUUGCCAAAAGUCAGCAACCAAAAAGAGGAAGGUUUUUGACUCUAGUCGACAGAGAGCUGAGGGUACAGACCUCCCCACGCUCAAACCCCUCAAACCAAAGGCAGAACCUCCUAAGAAGCCAUCCAACUGGCGCAAAAAACACGAGGACUUCAUCGCUACCAUCCGGGCUGCCAAGGUCGUCAGUCAGGUCAUGAAAGAUGGCGGACCAUUACCCCCACCUCCUCCUCCUACUUAUGACCCAGACUAUGUCCAGUGCCCUUUCUGUGAGCGGAGGUUCAACCAGGGUGCAGCGGACAGACACAUCAAGUUCUGCCAGGAGCAGGCUGCCCGAAUGCCCACCAAGGGCAAGUUAGGAGAUGUCAAGAAGCCUCCCGGUCGCACACCGUGCAAGCCUCCUGCUUCUGUAAAGAAAGCCAACUCUCCUGCUGUGUCAUCCAUCCCUUCAACCCCCUCUCGUUUACCCCAGAGAUCUGGCCUUGGACAACCCACAGGGAUCCCAUCUAGUAAGGUCUCUUCUGCAGGUUCAGUGAGGAGUAAUCCCUCCGGCCUCACAAGCCCUCCAUCAGGUAUGGGAAGUAAGACCCGAGCUGCGGGCUCUGGCUAUGGCUCUGUCAGGAGCCCUCAGUCGGGAACGGCAAUCAACAAGAAGAAAGUAGACACCUACAUAUCUAGGAAUAUCGUUGAAGAUGGCGUUGGCAACGGUGGGAUGAGGAGCACGUUCUGUCAUGCUUGUGGGACCCAGUACCCGGUUGAAUCCGCCAAAUUCUGCUGCGAGUGUGGGGUCAAGAAGAUGUGUCUCUGAUGGAGGUCAAGAGAGGGACAAACGAGAAACAUACGGGGAUGCACUGGUAUUCAAACUAGCAUUGGAGAGGUUCGACAAAGCUAAUCAGUCUGCAUUUUCAUGCUUGUCGGUCUAAUUUCACGGCAGUAAAUUGGCGUAAUCGUCGGCAGACAACCACACGGUCGGCAUUUUCCUUUCUCUUGGCCGUUUAGCAUUCAUGGAAUUUGCCGGUCCAUGUCACAUUAUUUUUAAGUGCUUCCUACUUCAUCGUAAGCCAUUUUUGAUUCGUACACAUUUUGCCAUUUUCAUGACAUAAUAACCAUAAUCUACAAUAAUUUUUGCAUUUAGUCACUACGAUUACUGCGACGGAUUUCAGUGGCAAAACUGCUCUGGUAUGAAGUUGUGUUAACCUGCGUUAAGGUUGAUGAUAUUAGCUGAUGUGGCUAAUGAUACAGGAACAACCAACGCAGCUCAUUAUUUUCAGUUCUUUUCCUUCUUGCUGCUGGUGCAGCGUCGCGGCUGAUUCCACCCGCUCAUAGACGUCAACAUUAUUGCCGUGAAACUAGAGGGAUUAACGGCUGGGAAUGAGAGAUGAAACUGUUUUGGUCAUGGGACUCUUAGGUAAUGCGGUCUGUAUCAUUACAUCUACGUCAUUUUAUUGUCGCUGGACAAUAAUUAAGUUUAGCAGAGUCACUAUCGGCAACUGAAAGCCAUUGGUGCAUCAUUAGAAGAGAGUAUAGAUGAGUAAGAGAGGAGCUAAAAGUGAAGAGGUGGGUUGUAAAAUGUGACUGAGGAAGUAAAGGACUUGUGUUGGGUGACUCACUGGAGCAGUGUGAUUGCCCCGCUAUCUCAAUCCCCAGUCAACCGUGACUGAAAUGCAUUCCUUAAUCCCAUUUGCCUCUGCUUGCACAAAAACAAAAUAUGUUCCAUUUGAAGUGCAAUAUGAUUGACUACUAAAGAAAAUAAUGUGGUUUUUUCGAAAGGACGAGAUCCCCUUGUUUCAACAGGGACCAAUCCAAAAAUGAACCAGCUGUUAAAGAAAAGGUCAGUGCUCCAUUUAAAGUCACUUUUCAGGCAACGUUUGUUUCCAGCUAUCUUAAUGUUACCCUCAUAGGUCAUGACCUUUCUAGACAAAUGUAGUAUGAACUCCAACCCGUUUAUUCCCCCCUCAUUUAAUAAAAUGCAAUUAAUUAUUUAUUUUUCUUAUUACAUUUUAAUUUUACUGAAUGCACAAUGACUGCAUCUCUUUUAUUAAUGUUGUAUGGAAUUAAAAUGUUUGUCUCUGGAGUUGUAUGAAACCUAACUGCACCUGGAUGUGUUGCAGUUUUUUUUAUCCCCUGAUAGUGUUUCUAUUCCGUGAGUAUUCCGUGUAGGGUCAAUAGUACAGCAACACGACAGUCAUUAGAAAGUUUAUCUCGCACCCUGAUAUGAUGUACACUAUUUAUGACCCCAUGCAGUUCUUUUACAUGUGGGGCAAAGGAAAGGCCUCUCCUUGGGGUGCAUAAUGUUCCUUAACUGCUUAUGUUAGUUUCAAUAAGUUAAAUGACAAUACAUAUUUAAACUGACUGGACAGGUUGGUUUUCCUGUACUGGCAUGUUUAUUCACCAUCAAUAAAUUUCUCUGAAGACGGCUGUGAUGGAUUUGUGUCUGUUGAAGAGAGAGGAAACAGAGUACAUUACAGUGCUGUAAUA